AUGAGGAGAGGAGAGCCGGGCAGACAGGCAGCAGGAGAGCGGAACCUCCUCAGAGGAGGAGCGGGAGAGGAGCGGAGCGGUAAACAAAGAGGCGGCGGCAGAGCGGCGGCGGAGCGGCGGAACCGUAGCGGUAAUCCACCUCAGACACCAUCCGUGUGUCUGACGAAGAGUGUGUGUGAGGAUCAGAACCAUUCAGAGCUGUCAGAGCUCUACGGUUACUCCACUUCCGGUAGGAUUUUCAGAGUAAAGGCCUCAUUUGAAAGACUGCAGUAACCUCUUUAUUACUGAACAACCAGAGACAGAAUCAACCAGAGGAAAUAUUAAAUCUUUAUCUUCAUCACCAUCAUCAUCAUCGUUGUCGUCAUCAUCUUCAUCAUCAUCAAAAUGGGUCUGUAACGUAUAUAUAUAUAUAUAUAUAUAUAUAUAUAUAUAUAUAUAUAUAUAUAUAUAAAUAUGUAUAUAUAUAUAUAUAUACAGUAUAUAUAUAUAUAUAUAUAUAUAUAUAUAUAUAUAUAUAUACUGUAUAUAUAGUAUAGACACAGUCUAUGGUGGUCAUAAUAAUGUUUAUUUCCAUGUUCAUGUUUAACUGAAUAAUUUUUAUCUGUGGAGGUUUUAAUCAUCAGUUUUUCUACAUUUACUCCAGAACUUAUUAUUGAUCGUGAUAUUUUUAUUUUUAUACGUCCGCUGAUGAAAGUUUCGCCUUCAAAUAAAGAAACAGAAAUAGUUUUCAGGUUUCCUGUUUACAGAUUUAGAAACAUCAAAGUUUUUAUUCUACGAUUUUAAAAGACUUUCUGACUCUACAGCCCACAGUGUUUUUAUUUAUUAGUGUCUUUUUCACUUUUUUUCACUUUCGUUUCUAAUACUGGUCCAGUUUUUCAUUAAUGCCUUUUUUUAUUGAACCUGCAUUAGUGCGCUUUGCUUUAUUUUGAAGGGUUUCUUCUAGUUCCGGUUGUGAUUCCCCCGCCCUCCUCGCCGUGGUCUCCUAGCAACGGGAACAAACUCCUCCUCCUUCCUCUUCCUGUCAGCGUGAAAAAUGUUCACCGAGAUGAUCACAUUAAAAAAAACCUAAAAACAUGA